UGUCGAAUCGAUUGUUCGCUUUCGCCAUCUUGAUAGCUGAAAAAUAUUAGGAUUUUAGGGUUUCCAUUCCUUCUUCUCUAUCCAAUCUGCAGAAUUCUGAUCCAGCCAGACCAAUCGGUUGUGUUGAUUUGUGAAGAAGAUGUGGCAUGAGGCUAGAAGGUCGGAGAAGAAGGUCCAUGAUUUGAUGGACGCAGCUCGAAAGCGGGCCCAGAGACGAGCCGUGUUCUUGGCCAAACGCCGUGGCGAUCCACAGCAAUCGAUUCAAAUCGUCGGAACUCGUUGCCGUAUGUACCGCGACGAUGGUCUCUACCAGGCCACUCAGGAUCAGCAAGGCCUGAUACCUUGGAAUGGGAAACAAGAUAUUUUAAUUGACAGAUUUGAUGGGCGUGCCCUUCUUGAUUUAAUUCGCGAACCUGGGUCUCGACAUUUUCGGGUUCAAGAAAAGACUGAAGAAGAGGAAGAAUUAGAAGAGUUUGUUAAUUUUGAGCGUUACCGGGAUUUAAUUAAGCAUCGACGUAGAGGAUUUACUGAUGAGGAUGGUCUACAACAUGUGGAACAAGAGAUGGAAGCUAAGAUUACUGCUUCAUUUGCUCCUCAAAGAUCACAGGCGGCACAGCCUUCUGCAACUAAGGGUUCUUAUUCACAGGUUGGAUUUUCAUACGAAGGUGAUGGAAAAGAGGAAGCUCAGUUCUCAGAUGUUGAUGAUAAUGAUGAUGAGGAAGAUGAUGAUGACAAUGAUGAAGAAGAUGAUGAUGAUUUCAACAGUGACGAUAGCAAUGAUGAAGGAAUGGAUAAAAUAGCAAAGGAUUUUGGAGUUAAAAGGUUCGGUUGGCUUGUUUACAUGGACAAGAAAGCUAAGGAGGAAGAGAAAAGGCAAAAAGAAGUGAUCAAAGGCGAUCCUGCUAUAAGGAAGCUUACUCGCAAGGAGAGAAGAAAGGUUUCUCAGGUAGAAAGAGAGAGAGAAAGGGAAGCUGCCCGGAGUACAGGAACUCGUGUUCUCCAUCAUGAUCCCUACCGUGAAACAAGACGAAGUCCAACAUAUGAAGCGUAUUCACGUUCAAGAAGAUCAAGAUCACGAUCGUACUCACCCUCACAUUCAAGAAGAUAUCCUCGUGGACGACAUUCUGAUGACGUUCACCGCAGCAAACAAGUGACUCCCAAAAUAGAAUAUAUUACUGAAUUUGGUGGCUCUGUCGAUGGGAAUGAAACAAAGCAUGAAGGAUUUUCUCCACCAUCUUCUCCUCCUUCUCAUGCUGAUGUGUUAAACCGGUCAUCAUCUGGUCCAAUACUUGAAGCACUGCAUGUUGACCCUGCUUCUGGUGUAUCUGUAAAUAAGGACAAAGGGACUAAAGUGGUGAAAGUAUCACCAGUAAGUGCAUCUUCAGCAAUAGCAAAGUUAACCAAGGGAAGUGCUUCCGGGGGUCUGUUAAAACAGCAGGAGGGGGAGAAAAAAGAAACUCCUCAAGAACGGCUGAAAAGAAUUAUGAGCAGGCAGCUUAAUAAACAAAUCAAGAAAGAUACAGCUGCUGAAAUGGCUAAAAAACGAGAGCAGGAGCGUCAGAGGUUGGAAAAACUAGCUGAAACAAACCGAUUAAGUCGAAGUAGGCGCCGCGAUCGUAGCAGGAGCUACAGCCGUUCCCCUCCAAGAAGGUACAGACGAAGUAGAAGCCCCAGUAGAAGCAGCAGGGGUUCCCGAAGAUAUAGCUCUCGUUCCUCUUCUCCUUCUCGCUCUCGCUCUCGUACUCGAACUCGUUCUCAGUCUCACUCUCGCUCACCAAGGGUACGAAGCCGUUCAAGAUACUAAUGGUAUUCCCAUGCGAGUUUUACAUAGUUAUUUUGUAUGUGGAGUGAUCUGAUCAGCAUAUGGCUGAGACAGUAGUCUUUUAUUUAUCAGAUAAAUUAGCUUUCUUCCGAAUUCUCUCCUUAUUAUCUUUACCUGAAUCAGGUUCUGCUUUGUAUAUGGUUUCGUAGAAGAAAUGACUAUUCUGCAUCUUUUUUUGGAUUA